AAUCAUAUCUUCUUUCUCCUCCAAUAGUUACAUACAACUUCAACAAGAGAAUCUGAUGAGGAUAUUACCAAAAAGCGGCGGAGGUGCUUUUGGCCUCCUCUUUGUGUUUGCUCUCUGUUCGGUGGCUCAUUCCCUUAGCCGUGACGUCAAGGUCGUUGGGGAUAUCGAGGUCGUUGGCUACUCAGACAUCAGCAAAAUCAAGAUCCCCAAUGCAUUCUCAGGACUCCGAGUAACGAUAGAUUGCAAGGCGGUUGAUUCAAAAGGCCAUUUUGUUACAAGAGGAAGCGGAGAAGUUGACGAAACAGGAAAGUUUCAUCUCAAUAUUCCUCAUGACAUUGUCGGUGACGACGGAACUCUAAAAGAAGCCUGCUAUGCUCAACUUCAAAGUGCCUCCGGCAACCCUUGUCCGGCCCACGACGGCCUCGAGGCCUCAAAGAUCGUGUUUCUAUCGAAAUCCGGCGAUAACCACGUUUUGGGUCUCAAACAAAGUCUUAAAUUCUCACCGGAAGUUUGCAUCUCAAAGUUCUUUUGGCAUAUGCCUAAAUUCCCUUUGCCUCCGCCGCUUAAUCUCCCGCCGUUAACGUUUCCUAAGAUCAAGAAACCUUGUCCCCCAAUUUACAAGCCACCGGUGGUGAUCCCCAAGAAGCCGUGUCCACCAAAGAUAGCACAUAAACCCAUCUACAAGCCACCCGUACCCAUCUACAAGCCUCCGGUGCCUAUCUACAAGCCACCAGUGGUGAUCCCCAAGAAACCAUGUCCACCAAAGAUACACAAGCCCAUCUACAAGCCACCCGUGCCUAUAUACAAGCCCAUCUACAAGCCUCCAGUGGUGAUCCCAAAGAAGCCAUAUCCGCCACUUCACAAGCCCAUCUACAAGCCCCCGGUGCCUAUCUACAAGCCGCCGGUGCCUAUCUACAAACCGAUCAUCAAGCCGCCGGUGGUGGUGAUUCCAAAGAAGCCAUGUCCACCACUUCCCAAGUUUCCACAUUUCCCACCAAAAUACAUUCCACACCCUAAGUUCGGAAAAUGGCCUCCUUUCCCUUCUCAUCCUUGAUGGAGAUACAUAAUAAUCUGUCUUUCUUGAUUUAAGAAAAGUGAUCGAGUGAUGCCACAAAAGAAUAUUCCUUUGUUGCUUUGUUGAAUUUUAUGUAGAUGUUUCAUGUUUAUGUAUCGUAAAUUCAAGCCAAUAAUAUUUGUAAUUUUUU